CUGUAGCAUUGCAUGCAAUUCCCGGCCACCCACGAGCCGCGAUGGACAGGCCGACAACAGCCUCCGUCGUCGCUUUCCAGCGGGUUCAUCUUCCUACCUUUCUUGAACCAACCACUCGGAUCAAAGCCAUGCUGCACUGCCCUUAACAAUUAACAGGGUUUCUGAAUUUGGAGAACCAGGCAGCUCACCCUCAGCAUGGUAUGGCCGAUCAAGGGUUUCGCCCGUUAACUACUACUACUCUGAGUUCUUCAGUCAACGCAGCACCAAUUAUGAUACCGAUCUGGGCACCAGUUCAGAUGCCGGUUUUGCCAUCUAAUUCAGCAGAAGAUGGCUACAUCUGGAAGAAUUCGGGUCUGCAGGAGAUUCCGGGUUCAGGCCCACUCAUCUGCUACGAAUGCUCACAGGCAAACUGCACGGUCAAGAAAUCUGUGACACUAUCUGCAGAUGGUCAGAUUUUGGAGACAGUUCUCAGGGGUAGUCACAACCACCCCCGUCCAUCAGAAAUGUGCCCCAAAGAUGCUCCAAUUGGAUACAUACCAGCUGCAGACUCUCAAUACUAUCAUGUGUCAUCUGAUAUGUACGUAGCAGGGACUUCAAUUUCUCACACUGAGGGAGGUGAACAUGAGCAAAUUGGCAGUUCUAGUGAUAGCGACGAAGAGGAUGAUGGCGAACAAGGAGCCGAUGGCCAUGUUGCCAAUCCCAGCACAACAGAAAGAAAUGUGGUAGCUCCAGCUGAAAGGAUCACUGUGCGAACCAGGAGCGGAACUUCUCCCCGAAAACCGAAGUCCAAAGUUUGGGAAGAAUUUACAAAAGUUUUAAGAGAUGGAAAGCUUGAAGCAGCAGUCUGUAAACAUUGUGAAAGCUCCCUUAGUGCAAAAACUACAGGAGGAACAAGCCAUCUGAGACGACAUCUUAAGACCUGUCCAGCACGACCUUCAACUGCAACAGGUCGGGUGCAGCAGCAACUGUCGUAUUCACAUCCCGAGUCAUCUGUUGAGAAGAACCCAAAUUUAGAUCAAGACAAGUCACUUGAAUUGCUUACUAAGGCUUUAGUCUCCAACCUUUGCUCCUUUUCAUUGACAAGCAGUACAAAUUAUAGGCGAUUUUUGGCUGGCAUCUGUCCUACUUAUGACGUGGUAUCGCAGUCUGCUGUUCAAGACAAGUUUCUCAGUAUUUUUCAGAACGAAAAGCUGAAGCUGAAGGAGGAAAUAUCAGUUGCACAUGGGGGAAUUUUCCUGACAGUAGCAAAAUGGGUUCUUGGAUCUAAAUUUUUCAUAUGUGUGACAGCACAUUUUAUUGACAAAGAAUGGAACAUUAUUAGAAGAAUCAUUAGAUGCAGCUUUGCAGGGUCUAAGGAUGAAAAUAUGACUGGCUAUAUUAGCAUGUUUCCUGAUUUUGAGUCUUACCAUAGUGCGAAUACUAAUUGGGAUGAGUAUGAUGAUGAGCCAGAACCUGGCGCAAAAGAAAUAAUCCAAGAAGUAGUCCGAAAUUGGAGUCUUGACAAGAAGCUUGUAGGAAUUUUAUUAUUCCCCAAGUCAAUGUGUCAGAUAGAUAUGUCAAGCUUGCAGAAGAAUCUUGCAGAGAAUAAUUAUCUUGUUGGAAACAAUUUACUAAGUUUACCUUGCAUAACAGAAUCACUUGGCCAGCUUCUCUGUUACAAUCGUUGGAAUGUCGAAAAACUAAGUGCUGACUGGUUUAAGUACAUGACAUGCUCCCCACUGCGUACGGAGAAAUAUAAAGAAAUCCUUUUGCAACUACAAAUGAACCGACCCACUUUUGGUUCCAAGAAAUGGUACUUGACUUUCUACUCCCUAGAGGCUGCUCUGCAAUUUAACAAGGUGUUUCCAAACCCUGCGCAGCUAGAUUUCAAAUCUCAUCCAUCUAAGCCAUCUGAUCAGAAACUACAAGAUACAGAGGAUUUUUGUAAGAUUGCAAGGCUGAUUUAUCAAGCCAUUGAAGUGGCUUCCAGCCCAUGCAAUGCGACUCUCAAUUCAAAUUUUCACACAAUUUGGAACUUGAAGAUUGCUCUAAUGAGGUCAUCUGAAAAGGCACAGAAUGAUUUUCAUCAUAAUUCAAUGAGGUCAUCUGAAAAGGCACUGAAUGAUUUUCAUCAUAAUUCAAUGAAGAAAAAGUUUGAUGAGCUUUGGGAGAAAUGGUACCUGUGGCUAUCUUUGGCUGUCGUUCUAGACCCAAGAUAUAAAAUCAGGUUUCUUGAUCGUUCCUUGAAAGAAGCUUUUGGUAGUGAUGCUAAAAAGUACAUGCUCGAAGUGCGUGGAAAGAUUUGCGAGCUGUUUUUUCGUUACUCUAUUCAAGCUGAUCAGCAGGGUGGUGGGUGCUCAAAUGCCAGCAGCACUGACGUACCUGUACAUGAGGGACUGGGAGAGCUCAACCACUACCUUGAAGGGGAAUGUGUUCCUGAAAAUGUUCCUUUUGAUAUUAUGAAAUGGUGGAAGGGCAAUGCUUCAAUGUAUCCAACUCUUGCCUUGUUGGCACGCGACAUCUUAAGGAUACCUGCAUGUGUGGUCUCCACUGAAUCUGCAUUCGAUGAAACUGAUGAACGGGUGAGCCUUUUCAAUCGAAAACUGAGUCCCGAAGUAGUUGAAGCCCUCAUCUGCAACCAGGAUUGGAUCAAAUCUUCAGAAACAAAGGACGAUGUCUGUGGAAACACAAACAUGCCAGCUUAAGGCAUGGCAAGCUCCUUCGGUCUUUUCACUGGUUCAACAAGAAGUGAAGAGUGGUUUCGGCCUCAUUUGCACCUUUACCUAUCUCAUUAUAAUGCAUCGGUGUUGGGUGACGCCUCGACAGAAGGCGAACUGCCCAUGGUUUGUAAUAACUUAUUUGUUUUACUGCAAUCACUGUGAAAAUAUAAACAACACUUUCCUGUUUAGUAAUUAUUGUGCAGUACGGAGGUGUACUAGAGUUACAGACUCCUAUGAACUAGUGUGACAUUUAAUUUGGUUCAAGUUUAUUGAAAAAUA